GUUGAGCUGGAACCUGUGAAGCUUCUGUCUACACAAGACCACCUGGAGCACAGCCUGGCUGUUGAGAGGAGAAGAAUCCGACUGGGCCACGUCCAGGUCUUCCAGAACCUAAUGCAGGAGAGCAAUAAGGAAGAUAUUUUUGAAGAGGAAGAUGCAGUUCCAACUGAACUUACUCACGUGCAGAGCAUUGAGCUUGUCCUGCCUCCUCAUGCAAACCAUCAUGGAAACACUUUUGGUGGCCAGAUCAUGGCUUGGAUGGAGACAGUGGCCAGUAUUUCAGCAAGCCGCCUUUGUCGCUCCUAUCCCGUCCUGAAGUCAGUCGACAUGUUCAAGUUCUGGGGACCAUCCUUUGUGGGUGACCGCCUUGUUUUCAAUGCCAUUGUGAACAACACCUUUCAGAACAGCGUAGAGGUUGGUGUCCGUGUUGAGGCUUAUAACUGUGAGGAGUGGAUCAGAGACCAGCCACGCCACAUUAACAGUGCAUUCCUCAUCUUCAAUGCUGUAAAUGACAAAGGGGAGCUGCUCCCCUUCCCCAGAGUCAAACCGACCACGCAGGAUGGAGUGAGGAGAUACCACGGAGCGAUUGCCCGAAGGAGGAUGCACCUGACCAGAAAAUGCAUGUCUGCCAAAGGGGACAAACCUGAAUCCUGGGAGAGUAGCAACCAGGCAUACCUGAGUUACAGCAAUGUGGCUGCACUGACACACCUGGCAGCAAAACCAGGGUGGGAAAUAACCAAGACACUGGAUGAU